AUGGACUACAUCGACGAGCUCGAAGCCGAGAUCUUCCGACUAAGAGCCUCAGUUACGACAAUGUCUGAUGAGUCAAGGAAUCCACGACGCGCCCCAUCAUCGUCACAAAAUGCUCUUCAAACUAUCAAUAAUGUCAACAUUAAUGUCCAUAUUCAGAGCUUCAACGGGCAGAUUGCAACUGGCAUAUUUUCAAGCAGCUAUCCGAGCACUGCAGACCCUUGCAUCGUAGAGAAUUUGUUAGCAAGUGAUGCUUUCGGAUUUGAGUCAACCACAAUACCACAGAGUAUUGAGCUGUUCGAUCCUUUAACCAGGAUGCUUUUCUAUAACUUCUCAGAAAACAUUGCCCCAACUCUUGUCGCGAUAGAUGGGCUCUCCAAUGGGUAUAGAACUAUGAUCCUUCCUCUCGCCUGCUCCAAUGAUCUAGUUCGGUCUGCGACAUUAGCAGCAUCAGCGAAUCACCUACGAUUCCAACGCCCUAAGCUGUCACCUUUAGCCUCAAGAUUACAGUCCACAGCCGUUGAGAAGCUGUCCGUCUUUUCUAGAGAUGAAACUGCUAAUGGCGCCACUAGAAGUGCAGUUCUAGCUGCCAUAAUUCUCAUGCUGAUCACAGAUAUGAUGAACGGAGGCCAACAAUUUUACCUUCUCGUCAACAUGGCUAAAUCUUGGGUAGCGGCCAUGAAACAUGGCAGCCCACCGACAGCGAGUUCCCGGUCCGUGAUAGAACAGUUUCUCCUCAACCAGCUUGAAAUAUUACAACUUUACGCAGAGCCUCUUCUCAAAGAACAAUAUGCAAUACUUGCGCAGCAUGACUCACAGACAACUUCUGACGACAAGACGUUUAAAGACAGAAUUCUUAGCAUCUUCAAAGCAAUAGAAGAAGCUAUAAAACAAGCAUGUAACAUUUACUCCUCUCACAUCUUGCACAACGCUCCUCCGGCGAAUAUUGAAGAAACACUGGACAAUCUUAAAAUCACUGUUGAUGGAAUACCUGCUUACGCGCCUGGUGAAAAUUCGUUGGCUUGGGUGUAUUUCAUCGCUGCAGCGGAGAGUUCCGCCCCCGCGAAACGCAACUUUUUCUCCAAAAAACUGAUGGGUAUUUUUGAAAGGGGAGCAUUUACUAACACAACAACCGCAUUCGUCAUGCUCCAUCACAUUUGGAAUUGCCGAGAGAUGGGCGAUAAUUGGACUAAGACUCUGAAACAGACACCUACGGUACUAGUCUUAACAUGA